GUGAUCUGGAUGCUAAAUUGAGCCGACUCGUGGCUGCUCACGCCCUCUAACCUUUUGUAGUACCUGUAGCCUCCCAAGGUUGCUUCGCUUGACUUCCAAGCUUGCUGCAAUAAAGCCUUUCCUGAAUUCCAUUCAUUACCUAGCUAUUCCUCCGACGUUACCGAGUAGCGUACCCACAUCCUUCCUUCUAGUCCUUUGAUCUUUGGGCUGCUGUCGUUAUAACAUCGAAACUAUCCCACCCUGCUCCUCCUGUCUUCGAAUCCCAACACGGCAGCUUGCACAGAUCGAAUACCUGCUUGUACCUCGACGUCUCCUAGACCACCUCGGAGAUACCAGCCAGCUUCACAUGUGAAGCACUUCCCUACACAGUACCUCCUAGGACAUCUCCCCCAAUCAUGGCCAAACGUUUAUCCACCAUGUUCAAUCCGAACUCCUUCUCCGAAGACAAACGCAAGCCCGACUCAGCGACCAGUCAAGUCCCUCGUCGAGAACCUACUCUACCAAUGAUGCAGCCACCAACAACAUCGAACGACAUCCCUAGGAAGCCUUUACCUUCAUCCAAUACUCUUCUGCCACCAUUGCCCUUUGAAUCAUCACGAUCGGGUUCCGCCGUGUGGGAGGAUACUUCAGACCACCGGACAAACUCCGAUCGCCGUGAUGCACGUCUGUCCAAGGUGCCAACCUCACGACCGGUAUCUCACGCUUCGGAGAACAAGGAUCAGAUCAAACUUAAGAAGAAACAUUGGUGGAACCGAGAAGAUGGUAACGCGAAUGACGCACCACAACCGAGAGCAUGGACAGCAGGACACCACAAGACUAUGGCAUACGACGUUGACGGUCUCGUUAACGCCCAGCCUGUGAAAGAGUUGUGGAAUGAAAGGACCGGAAAUUGUUUUGUCUACCUCUUUCCACGUACCUCUGGUCUCGGUCCUUCGUUCAGGAUCGACACGUCCCUUUUGGCAGCGUCACCAAUUUUGACUAAGUUUGCGGUCAGCGAGAACCAUGGCAAGCAGGCUUCGACCAGUCGGGACUAUAACCACCCACAAAUGGAGUUCCCACGUCGAGUUCCUACGCACGGUCAUCCGUCAACACCACCCAGAACUCCCAAUCGUUAUGGAGAUUUUCAACAGUCCACACCUCCGUUUGGACAGAACCAGCGUACAUCUACCUCUUCUGAUGAUUCGAUAAUGCAUUUGUACAUGCCGCUACAGCUGUCCACCGACGCAUCUCUCACGUCGACUCCACCUCGCAACGACGGAAAUGCCGCUUUGGAGGAUUUGCAGACGUUGGUCGACUGUCGAAAUCUGUUCGCGUUCCUGCACGGGCAAUCCCUUAUUGCAACUGAACGGAGACAGACAUUCUUCAGUAUAUUCACGUCGAUUUCACGUCAAUUGAAGCAUUUUGAGUUUUCCAAUAUUGACGGCUCGACAUUUGGAGACGCAGCCGACAGCUCUUUCAGCUGUUAUAUCAAUGAGCUGUCUCUCGAUGACGUUCGAACGAAUCGUCAGAAACUUAUCGAUGGCAUCGUUCUGGGUGAACAGAUGAAGAGUGUUCGCCUGUACAACGAGGCAUUCACUCAUGGUGUGGGUUUGCACCAGGAGCUUGUCGCGCUGGAAAACUCUCGAUUGUCCCACAUAUCUCCCGCGACCCGGACUCGUCUCACUCGAGCAUACAUGGAUUUGGAGAAGCGUACCGCAUCGGUACGUCGGAUCUUGACCGACUUUGAGUUUCCCUUUUUGUUCUCGGGCAUCAUGAACAGCAAAACUUCGGAAGAACGAAAGUCUGGAGUCCGCUUCGAUGCAUGGAAAGAUAGUUUCCUUGGUAUGCGCAAGUUCAUCAUCGGGACAUAUAAGCAGCGUUAUGGAGAUUGGCCACCGCGAGCUUCAAGCAAGAAGAACAAUCUGGAGACUUCAGGGUUGAACCGCCUUGUAUUGCGAGACGUAUACCAUGACCUGUCGUCGCUGUAUGAUCUUCUGGUCGACCGUAACAGUCUCACCACUAGAACAAUUGAUGGAUUCAGCUUGAGCGGAAAUACUGCCUCGCCCAAGGUCCGCGGCCUUCGUGCUGUACUGUCAGAAUAUGAUCGCUCAUCACCUCCGGUCAAGCCUCCCAUGCCAUUCGAUCUACCUCGACUUCCCAAUUUGAAGAGCACUCGGAAUGAUUUCGGUGCGGCCGAUGACAAAAAGCUCGCCAAAGAGGCAGCGAAGAAGAUCAAAGACGACGAAAUGAUCAAAAUUCUCCAUGCCAGUCGGAAUGGCGAUGUGGCACCCAAUCCAUUCUUGGAUGCCUUUUGCGAAAUGGAACGACGAGCUGCACAUGGUUGCAGCCUUAACGAAAUGGAAGACCUUCGCAUGGGCCAAUGGAUCUUCAUGUACGUCGUCCUCCAGGCCUUGCCUAUGCUCGCCUGCGAUGCGCCAGGUUUGAGAUGGACCGAGGGCGUCGAAUACUUCCUGUGCGAGUCUUCACGAGGCGGUGUCCCGUGGGCGGAUGUCACACUUGCAAACUCCGCGCGCCGGACUUGGUUCUCGGUCGGUGGCGAAGGCGGCAGCGUCGUCAGUCUCCCAUCUGACGUCCUCGAACAUGGCGUCGAGGGAAUCUACCACCGAAGCCACUGCUGGCAGAUGGCGGAGAAAUGGUCGGCCAACAAUCCCAUCUUGAACGAAGCACUGCACGAACAGCAAUCUACGGCAGGUUCCAACAUGGCAGGUCACCGAGGUCUUGCCCCGCCGCCGAACAACUUCCCGGGAAGCCUCAGACCGGAUAGUCGAGCGAGUAGCCUCAGCGCUUCGAGCAAACGUCUUUCUUCGCUUACCCUUGGCCUGGAAGCUUUGCCCAUGACGAGCGGAGGUGCACCACCACCUCAUAUUGAGCGUGCAAAGACGCCGCAGCAUUCAGUGGAUCAGUCCAAGACGUUUGAUGCGAUCUUGGGCAACGUUGGAGCGGAUACGGGAAAAGCGUCGAAAAAGAGGAAGUGAUGAUAAUGAUUCGUUCUGUCUUUCGAGACGACUGUGUGUACGACUUACUUUCUUCCAAAAUGUAAUAAUGACGAUUGAUGGAGAUGCACCGACCCUGAUUAAGGCGCUGAAGACUAUCACAGUGAGGUCAAUUCCAGAAUGCAGGCACGUGACCCAUCUUUCAAUAUGUCAUGUAGUGGUAUGCAACACCGUGAGAUGUAAGGCCGGUAAUGUCUAUUUGGUCAC